GUUUCUGAAACGUCAAUUUACUACAAUUUUAGUCAUUGAAAAUCGUCGUUCAGUUGCGUUAGCGCAGCGUGCAUAUCGUGGAAAAUAUCAUGGCAAACGGGCACCGUCUGACAGCACUAUCCGUCGUUUGGUUUAAUUUUCUUGAGUACGGGACAGUGGGAGAUCGUCAAUAUACCGUUCAUCAAAGACCAAGAUGUUGAAAUGAAUUAGUUGAAGCGUUCAAAGACAGCGUUGCCCAGAACCCAAAA